AGCAGUGCGCCCGGACCGUUGAAUUGUUGGUGUAAACACAAUCUCACUCACAAGAUUGUAGAAGAAAGAGAGACUUGAGAGAAACUGUGUGACUCAGAAUCUCAUCGACCAUUCCCUCCUCAGAUUUCCGAAGCUGUGCUGGUCUCUGCAAUGCAACUGGAACAGUUCAAGAAUUUUUGCUCACUGGAUCACUUUGUGCUUGACCCAAACUAAACCUUUGUUUUCAAAUAACUCUCAACAGCCAAGGAUACAAUAUGUCGACAGAUUUUCCCAUGAGUCAUUUUUAUUAAGGAAUUUGUGUGGAGGAUCAAGACCCAUCAUCCAGUGCUGCAAAAAGUGACAAACAGAAGAGCCUCACCACCAGCACCAACCAGCUUGAUAUGUGAGCUGAGCGUCUCUGAAGAAGGGUCCUGACUCGAAACGUCAACUUUCCUGGUCCUCUGAUGCGGCCUGACCUGCUGUGUACCUCCAGCUCCACACUGCGAUAUCUCUGGCUCCAGCAUCUGCAGACGUGUGACGGAUGUGAAGAAACUGGUGAAAUGAGCAUGGCUAUGAGCAACGGGAAUGGUGACUUCAUGGUUCAGAGCAAUGGCAGUGUCCCAUCAAAUGCUAACGGUAACAGCGUCGCUGCAGCCUGUGAUGGAGUCCACCUCUCCGGGCAGCUGUCAGCCAAGGAGACUUCAAGGGCAAAAGUGAGUCACAACAGUGGUACACUGCCGAAUGGUACUGUUAAGCCUUCUUGCGUCUUUACAGACAAUACGAUAAACAACCAAAGACCUGUGGCAUUGCUGCCACAAUGUUGCCACCAUUGUCCAUACCAUCAUCCUUUGUGUUGUCACAGUAACCAGCCAGAUUGCCAUUCUUUGGGAAAUACCACCAUCACCUCUCCAUUGACUCCUUCCUGCCUGCAAACUCACUCCGAGUACCCAACAUCUGUGUGCCAAAGCACUUCCCCUCUCCAUCCGGCCAGCUGCUGCCUCCAGCCUGUCUCUUCUCUCAUCGAUCACACUCCCCUUUGUCUUCAUCAUCGGUGGCCUGACCAUUUCCAGCAUCAACCUGUGCAACAGCAACACAUCCCUGACAUCAGACCUCCAAGGCUUUUCCGAUUUCCACGAAGUUAUGCAGCUCUGAUAGCUGACUGGCCAGUGGUGGUCCUAGGGAUAUGCACAGUGCUCAUUGUGAUCUGUGCACUGGUUGGAAUCCUGGUACCAGACCUGCCUGACUUCUCAGACCCACUGCUGGGCUUUGAGCCAAGAGGAACAGCGAUUGGCCAGAGAUUGGUCACCUGGAACAACAUGGUGAAAAACACAGGAUAUCAAGCCACACUUGCAAAUUAUCCUUUCAAAUACGCAGAGGAACAAGCCAAAAGCCAUCGAGACGACCGAUGGUCAGAUGAUCCCUAUGACAGAGACAAGCGGCAGGCAGAGUGGAAUUUCCACAAGGACAGCUUCUUCUGUGAUGUUCCCAGUGACCGAUACUCUCGGGUCGUGUUUGCUUCAGCAGAUGGGGAAAACUUGUGGCGAACGCAAUCAAUUAAAUCAAUGUGCAAUCUUGACAAUGCCAGGAUCCGUUCACACUCGCAGUUUGGGGAACUUUGUCAGAGGACCUCGGCUGCCUCCUGCUGCCCCAGCUGGACACUGGGCAACUACAUCGCCAUCCUCAACAAUCGAUCAUCCUGCCAGAAAAUCACCGAGCGAGACGUGGCGCACACGCUGAAACUCCUCCGCUCCUGUGUUAAAUAUUACCACAACGGGACCCUGGGGCCAGAAUGCUGGGACAAGACCACGCGUCGUAAGGACCAGCUCAAGUGCACAUCUGUGCCGCGCAAGUGCACCAAGUACAACGCUGUUUACCAAAUCCUUCACUAUUUGGUGGACAAAGACUUUUUGAGCCCACAGACAUUGGACUACGUGAUUCCAGCAUUAAAGUACAGCAUGCUGUUCGUCCCCACUGAGAAAGGGAAAAGCAUGAUGGACAUUUACUUGGACAAUUUUGAGAACUGGAACUGUUCAGAUGGUGUCACCACCAUUGCAGGAAUCGAGUUUGGGAUCAAGCACAACUUGUUCCAGGACUACCUUCUGAUGGAUACUGUGUAUCCUGCCAUUGCAAUUGUGGUUGUUCUGUUGAUAAUGUGCGUGUACACCAGGUCCAUGUUCAUCACUUUGAUGACCAUGUUCGCCAUCAUCAGCUCCUUAAUUGUCUCCUACUUCCUCUACAGGAUUGUGUUUGGCUUCAAGUUUUUCCCCUUCAUGAACCUCACAGCACUCAUUAUCCUGGUGGGGAUAGGGGCCGAUGAUGCCUUUGUGCUGUGCGAUGUCUGGAACCAUACCAAGUUCGAUAAGCCCAAGGCUGAGUUGGCAGAAACCGUGAGUGUCACCCUGCGUCAUGCGGCCCUCUCCAUGUUUGUCACCAGCUUCACCACCGCAGCUGCCUUCUACGCCAAUUAUGUCAGCAACAUCACUGCCAUCCGCUGCUUUGGUGUGUACGCUGGCACUGCCAUCCUGGUCAAUUACAUUCUGAUGGUGACUUGGCUGCCAGCAGUGGUGGUGCUGCAUGAACGUUACCUGUUACACUUUUUCCAGUGCGGUGAGAGGCCUGGCCAGCGAGCUGAGCACUAUGGCUACCUGGCCCAGUUCUGCUGCUGGCUGCAACGCCUCCUGCUGGCUGCCUCUGAGACCUCCCGCAUAUUCUUCGAGAAGGUGCUGCCCUGCAUCGUCAUCAAGUUCCGCUACAUCUGGCUCUGCUGGUUCCUUGCCCUGACUGUCGGCGGCGCCUACAUUGUCUGUGUGGACCCCAAGAUGAAGCUGCCGUCGCUCGAGCUCUCCGAGUUCCAGGUCUUCCGCUCAUCGCACCCCUUCGAGCGCUAUGAUGCCGAAUUCCGCCAGCUGUUUGUGUUCGAACGGGUGCACCACGGCGAGGAGCUACACAUGCCCAUCACGUUGGUGUGGGGCAUUGCCCCUGUGGAUGCUGGCGACCCCCUCAACCCUCACAACAAAGGCCAGCUGCGGCUGGACUCGACGUUCGAUGUGGCCAGUCCCAGCUCACAGCUCUGGCUUCUGCACUUCUGCCAGCGUCUGAGGAACCAGAGCUUCUUCCACCAGACCGACGAGCAGGACUUCACCAGCUGCUUUGUGGAGACCUUCCGCCAGUGGAUGGAGAACCAGGACUGUGAGGAGCCCACCUUGUACCCUUGUUGCAGCCAGUCCACCUUCCCCUAUAAGCAGGAGGUGUUUGAGCUCUGCAUCAAGCGGGCCAUCAUGGAGUUGGAGCACAGCACUGGCUACCAUUUGGACAGCAAGACCCCGGGGCCCCGCUUUGACAUCAACGACACCAUCCGGGCUGUGGUGCUGCAGUUUCAGAGCACCUACCUCUUCACGCUGGCCUACGAGAAAAUGAGCCGAUUCUACAAAGAGGUGGAUGCCUGGAUUGUGGAGGAGCUGAAAGCUGCUCCAGUUGGCCUCAGCAAUGGCUGGUUUGUCAGCGGCCUGGAAUUCUUCGACCUCCAGGACAGCCUGUCCGAUGGCACCCUGGUGGCCAUGGGCCUGUCGGUGGCUGUGGCCUUUAGCGUCAUGUUGCUCACCACCCGCAAUGUGGUGAUUAGCCUCUACGCCAUUGUCUCCAUCACGGGCACCAUCUUUGUGACGGUGGGCUCAUUGGUGCUGCUGGGCUGGGAGCUGAAUGUGCUGGAGUCUGUCACCAUCUCUGUGGCUGUGGGUUUGGCUGUCGACUUUGCCGUCCAUUACGGUGUGGCCUAUCGCCUGGCGCCGGAGGCAGACCGCGAGGGGAAGGUGGUCUUCUCCUUGAGCCGGAUGGGCUCAGCUAUUGCCAUGGCCGCCCUGACCACCUUUGUGGCUGGUGCCAUGAUGAUGCCCUCCACGGUUCUGGCGUACACGCAGCUCGGGACCUUCAUGAUGCUCAUCAUGUGCAUCAGCUGGGGCUUCGCCACCUUCUUCUUCCAGUGUAUGUGCCGCUGCCUGGGGCCACAGGACUCCUGUGGCACCAUUCCUCUGCCCAGAAGGUUGCAGUGCCAGGGUCUGACACUGUCCCCACCUCCCCAUGGUGGCCACAGGUCGAGAGAGGGCAAGAGGGCCUGCCGUACCCACAAACACCAGCCAGCUGGUGGGGAGGGCGAUCACCUGGACACUGAGCAUGAACAUUAUGAGCUGGAGCCCCUGGCCACCAGGGAGGGUGCUGAGGCUGGGGAGAAGAGACCAGGUACCAUUGGUGACAGCGAAGAACUGCGCACCAAUCCUCGGCUAUUGAACGGGACCCGUGUACCCGCCUGCCGCCCAGGCAGACCGAACCGGCCAACAACCAGCCUGCCGAUGCAAACCAAGCCACCGCUGCCUUCCAUCCGUUCUUUCCAGAUGAGCACACGGCUGAACAGUGUCCCGCACUCCCUGGACAGUGUCACUGCCCGAGUUCACACCAACCCCCAUUAAAGCCCCUUCUCCAACACCGCCAGUGGGUUGGGGGGGCAGUACUGGGGGAAGAAGCAGGGCAAGAGCAACCUGGAGUCUUAAACAUCCAGCAGGCUGUGUGUGGUUUCUCAUCCCAUUUCCUUGAUGCCUCACUCUUCAGGGGUAACAUGUUGCCAGCACCGGCCUGACAGCCUGGAGAGCCGUGCACAAGCCUACAUGGCCGUGCCACCUCAGUGACUACAAUCCCACCCCCCCACAACACACUCCCUCACUAAGCAACCUGUACCCCACCCCUGUCCCCCACCCCCCUCCAAACCACUCCCUCACUCACUAACCUGUACCCCAUCCCUCUCCCCCACCCCCCUGUAACCCACUCCUUCACUCAGCAACCUGUACCCCAUCCCUCUCCCCCUCCCCUCUGCAACCCACUCCCUCACUCACCAACCUGCACCACGUCCCUCUCCCCCACCCCCCUGCAACCCACUCCUUCACUCACCAACCUGCACCAUGUCCCUCUCCCCCACCCCCCUGCAACCCACUCCCUCACUCACCAACCUGCACCAUGUCCCUCUCCCCCACCACCCUGCAACCCACUCCCUCACUCACCAACCUGCACCACGUCCCUCUCCCCCACCCCCAGCAACCCACUCCCUCACUCACCAACCUGCACCACGUCCCUCUCCCCCACCCCCCGCAACCCACUCCCUCACUCACCAACCUGCACCAUGUCCCUCUCCCCCACCCCCCGCAGCCCACUCCCUCACUCACCAACCUGCACCACGUCCCUCUCCCCCACCCCCUCCAAACCACCCGUUUACUCACUACCCUGUCGUUCUUCAUUUAGAGAUGCAGAUCCCUCAAAGUUCUCUUCCUGGAAACUUCUGCCUUUCUUUCAGCCCCACGUGAGAUUAAAAAGCCAAAAAGAAUCUCUCAGCUCUCAUGUCCAGAGAGGACCAGGGGCACUUGAAGGUGGGACCAAUGCUUGGAACCCUUUCAGACUGCAGUGUCUCCCCUGGGAGAUCUGCAAACACCAAACCCUGUAUUGUCUUUAUGUCCCUGUCCGUUAAUCAUGGGAACUCCUCAGGACAGCACAUGCCAAAGGCCAAGAGUUCUUGAUCCAAUAGCCACCACAGACUUUAAUGGAGAGCGAGAGAGAGAGCACAUGAAGCAGACCUACAAUAGGCUACGUUGUAACCACGCCCAGCACUUCUGUUAAACAGAGCCCUCUGAGCCAGGACUGAACCACACCAUAUUCCCGGAUUCCCGCAUUCUGAGGCAGCGCACCCUCACUUUGCUUGCUGCCUCAUGUCACGGCCUAGCGACUGACCCCUGAAGAUAACAAGGCGCAAUUGUAUCGACACUUCUUCCAAAGGUGGAAUGAAGCCAGCACGCCUGCUGCUCUGGACAAUGCAUUCAGAACUAAAGUCUGUGAACCCUUUGUUAUAUGAAGGGGAGGACACUGCAAGGGUGCUUAACUCAAACUGAAGGCAACAUGUCUUCACACCUUUUCAAAGGGGUGGAUGGGUAGGAAGGGGGAAUGAGGGCUGAUCAGAGUGACACCCAACAAUAAAAACUGAAAUAACAGCAAGUUAAAGAAACACAAUGUAAGUCAGAGAUUGCGCCACAAUCAUUUGUUUUCAAAGAUAGUUCUUUGUUCUUUUUAUCUUCCCAGUUAUUUGUCCCGACGUCUUCCACAGCACCUCUUCUGUGAGACUGCCCUGGAGAUGCCAACAGUUCUUACCAAUGAGGCCAUUCCUCACACCGUGUUCAUGUUAGCGGGCUCUCAGAGACCGUGGAAUGGGUGGGUGGGUGUUAACACACAUUACAUUGAAUCCCAAUCAGCUCCUCUACACAUUCCCAGUUAGCAUCCGGGGUUGCUGUACAGCCCAGCUCAACGUACUCCCCCUGCCCUCAGUACAUUGAGGCCCGUGCAACAUUGUGAUUAUUUCCUCACUUUGUUAAUUCAGCGUUGCCCCGAGGAUGGAGCUGAAGCUGUGCUUGGUUCUUAUGGUUCAGGAUGAAUGGUUGCAGUUAUAAUGAUCUAUUCAGGCCCUGUAGGAUUCUUAUCCCGAUCCAUAUCCCGAUUACACCAGCAAAAUAUUAGAUGGAUUUAAUUCCUUGCUAGUUUAAAUCUGGUUUAAAUUCCCUGAUUCCUUUCCACGUCCACAACGGGCCAGGUACAGCCUGUGGUGAGGUUCCAAAGCCCAUCUUUUGCCACAUGGCUGUAAGUGAGAGCAGGCCAGGAGAUAAAUACCAUGUUCCCUUCCUUCCCACAUCCCACGCUGAUGCAGAGAAUGGGAGGGUGGGGGGAUUGAGCAGGUGCCUGAGCUUUCAGUGUCACAUUUUGUCUCCUCUGUGCUGUCUGCACCUUCCCUGUUGUUUUGGAAUGAAACCUGCUGUUGCAAACACCCCUCCAAGUUACUCACCGUCCUGACUUGGAAAUGUGUCCUUGUUCCUUCAGCACUGUGUCAAAAUCCUGGAAUCCCUGUGCCACAGCACUGUGGGUGUCACGGACUGCAGUGGUUCAAGAACGCAGCUCCCCCCGCCGCCUUCUCAGUGGCAGUCAGGGAUGAGCAGGUAAUGCUGGUCCAGCUAGUGACACCCCCUAGCCCCCUCCUAUGAUUCUAAAGCAAGCCCACUGUCCUUUGGUGGGGCUUCGGGGAGAAUGCUGCCCUAAAAGAGGGACCAUUUUGUUUUCCCGUUGUCAGAGUGUGCUGCUGCUGACACCAUGUCAGAAAUGCAAUAAAACAGGACAUUUCAUUUACUGCACACUCGUGUUUGUCUUUCAACGGCCCUGGAGCUGCGCCAGUUUCCAGCCCAAGAGAAAGUAUUGUCAUAGCUCAAACACUGUCAGCCUCCUAUUAAUGACAUACGAUCCACGUGACCAUCAGUGAACUCUCAUUGCUCCAGUCUGACCGAUGUCCCAGUGCAGACUCCCCUUCCUGACCAUAAAAGCCAAUCAAAUCCCACCAGACCUUUCUGAAGAAGGGUCUAGGCCCGAAACGUCAGCCUUCCUGCUCCUCUGAUGCUGCUUGGCCUGCUGUGUUCAUCCAGCUCUACACCUUGUUAUCUCAGACCUUAAGAUGUUGUGCAUCAUUAGCCAUUGGAUCAGUCCUGUCUCUCUUUGCUCACACCGCCCCCCGCCCCCAUCAUCUCCCUAUAGCAUUGUUUCCAGCAUACUUCAGGAAUAAAUGAGCCCAUAUCAUGUUUUUACAGAGGUUUUUGUAUACAUUUUGGGAGCAAUUUGAGGCAAUGGUGAAUCUGAAACCUUCAGUCGAUCAGCCCAAUCACCUCCAUCCGAUUCCACUUUUUAUUUCUUUUUGACCCAAGUUAAGCUUGGGUGAAUAAUUUAACACUUGCAUUCUUAAUGUAUGCUUUAUGCUAUUUAAAAAGAAAUGUUAC